AUGCAUUUUUUUGUUUUCGAUUUUACGCUCACCGCGGAGGCGCGGCGGAGACUUCAGAUUUCGGUGGACGUUGUUUUGGGCCUUCGUCUGUUGCAAUUCAUGUUGGAAAAGAGGUUGGGGUGAUUUUUUGUUGUCAUCCGAUGCACAGAUGGCAAAAAUUUCGUGCUUUUUUUCCCCGGCGGAGGAUUUGGCGGAGGCUUUAUUAAAGGGUAAAAGCAGUCUUACGAGUCCGGGAAAAAUCUCAGCUACAAGAAUCCAUCAGGGCAGCAUUGUCUUUCAAAGAUUUUUGAUUUUCUUGGUCCGGCGAACAAAUCGGCGGAGUUUUGUUUUUACCCUUUGAUAAAACCUCCGCCGACUCCUCCGCCGGCGAUAAAAAGCACGAAAUUUUUGCCAUCUGUGCAUCGGAUGACAACAAAAAAUCACCCAAACCUCCUUUUCCAACAUGAAUUGCAAAAACCAAAGGCCCAAAACAACGUCCACCGAAAUCUGAGGUCUCCGCCGCGCAUCCGCGGAAGUGCGUAAAAUCGAAAACGCAAAAAAAGCAUACCGUAAAAUCGGUGGAUGUAUUACGUAAACUUGAUUUCAGCCGUUGCAACGGCGUUUCCGCCACGUAAUACGCUGUGAUUUUUAAAAAAGGCCCUAACUUUCUCCGCCGAGAAAUGGGCCCUCCGCCGACGAAAAAAAAUUUUUUUUGAGAUUCUAAAAACGCACGCUGUCAAUGUUUAGAAACAAAAAGAAAUUCGUUGAUAGCUGCAAAGAACACAAAAUUAUAAGCAAAUCAUUUGUUCCAAAUUUCUUGAAACACCCUGUAUAAUAGCUCUGUAGUUUUAAGGGUACCUACGAAGGCUGUGAAGACUCAUUUAGUUCCAUACGGAGGCUAUAAGUUUAGUUCCGGGCAUGUUUCAUCGUAUAAAGUGUAAAAUCACAGGCUGCUUUUUGAAGGGUAAGGUGGUACGAAAAAAAGAAGCUACCUCAUUAACUAAAUCCACUGUCCGGGCAUUGACAACGAUGAAUUGAGGACGCUAAAAUUUGAGCUAAUUCCGACCAGUUUCCGCAAAGUUAUAAGUUGUGGCCAAAAUAAGGAACUUUUACCAGGUUGUUUUUUCAUCGUGGCUCUUCUGUUUCCUGAGUUCUUUCGGGUCGAAGUGGAUGGAAGUGUGGGGGUGAACGAAAGUCCUUGUUCGACGUGCUUAGUCAAUUCUCCAAAAAGGAUGUCAAAGAUGUUUGUCCAGAUGAGUACCGUAAGUCAAUACCUGUUAAUUUUUGCAUUGGGCGUAGAAUUUUUUGGCAUUCUAUGAUAUACUUCAGAGCUAAAAACGCAAAAAAUAAGACAAAACAAGAGAAUAUCAUUCAGAUUAUAGGAUUCAAUGGCCUCAUUUUAAGUUUUUGUCUAUAGUUUUUGGUCAAAAUUAUUAUAAUAUAUAAUAAUGCUUCAUCCAUGAUGCUUUGAGCUUAUCUAGCUUUCUAGUAAACUAACUACAAUUUCGCACCGCAAUUUUAUAGUUAUUUUUACAGACUCAUCAAGCUAUUUUAGACAUGUUCAACAACUGUUGCAAGGCCCACGACCUUUGUUAUGGCGAACAACUCGCCCAAAUGUAUUGCGAUGAAAUCUUCUGCGACUGUGUGAAACACUCCGAGGGAUGUAUGUCAGUCGCCUUUGCAAUGUGCAAAGACGUAAAAGUCUUUGGAUAUGAUGCCUACAAAAGAGCAGGAAAAGUCAAGGAUUUAUCGAAAAAGUUAUUUUGA